AUCAUACCAACAAUCUCAAUAUCAUUCUUAAGGAAAACACAGGUGCCCCCAUUGGAGUAACUUCUUCAGAACAUUAUUUUUUUAUCCUAUACCUUACACAGUGUUUGUGAACCUAAUAUCGGAAGUACAUGCUAGCAUGACCAAGGAAUCCAUCAUAACCUUUACAUUUACCGCAGAAUUCACAUGUUUCACCUCUGUGAUGCAACCUAUGACAGGCCAGCUUUGGAACUGUUUCCUUAGACAGCAACCACAUAUUCUUGACCUACGUCUUUCACUACGAUCAGUGGACUCAGAUAUGAACCGAUCACUGCAAUGUCUACAAAGACUUCCAUGAGUGUACUUGUACUUUUCCCACACUUUAUCGGUUACAACCUACAUCUAAUAAUGUAAAAUAGGUUAUAAUUUUAAAAGACAACCCACACUUAUACAGUGUAGCUAAAACUUUAAAUAUUACCCCCACAGUAGGAAGUAAGGAUGAACCGAUUUAAAAGGGUAGCACUAGAAACAGCAUAUAUGCGGUGACUUCACAAAGUUGACAGAAGCCUUUUCAUACCUUAGUCUACCGCUGGGGAAGGAUACUUUUUCUACAUAACAAAGCUUAUCGAUCAACCUAAAGUACUAUGUGACCCAAUUUUUGGAAUCACAUAGGGACCACUACUGAACUAUGAAGUGUACCCAUACCUAGGGGGGAGUCAGACUAUCAAAUAUGAAUGACAUAAUUAAAUGAAUUAAAAAAAGAAUUAAAACAAGAAUUAAAAAAAGAAUUAAAAAAAAAAUUACCAAUAUAGUAGGAACAACCAUGGACUCACCAUCACUCUUCACAAUUGGAACUAUCACAAAGUGUAUAGCACUACUUCCCCAUCAGAUGGGUAACAACAUACUAGCCAACAUCAGAAGCAAUCUAGAUGAAGCAGUACUAGGAAAAUGUUGCGGGGAUCACGGGAUAGUCACAUCAAUCCACGGGAUAGAAAACUUAUACGGUGGAGUAAUCAUACCUAAGGAUACAACAGCGUCAGCAUACUUCACGGUGAAAUUCCUGUGCACCCUAUGUAGACCAGUGGAAGGGAUAAUUGUAGACGCGCAAAUAACAAAGAUCACAGCGAAUGUACCAGUACUAACAUCACCUCCAGUUGACAUCAUAGUUACAAAUACCAACCUCCCCCCAGAGUUACACAGGGAUAAGGAAGGCAAUCUUUUUAACACAACAAUGAUGAAGAUAGGUGACACAUGUAGAGUGAGAAUCAUCGAUAGCAUCCUCACAGAUUCAAGUGCAAGGAUCACCACAAUCGGUCACAUAGUCAACACGGGCCAACAAGAGGAGCAGACAACAGUCAAACAUUCAACAGCAACAUACAGUAGAUGAUUCACAUAGUGUAGACAUUUACAUAGACAUCUACAUCUACAUAGACAUCUACAUAGACAUCCACAUAGACAUCUACAUAGAUGUCUACAUAGAUGAACCCACUCAUUUCAUAGUAAAUUUGAGACAUCUCAGUAGACACCUCACAAGGAGAUCAUAGUUAUCUCACAAGUAGAUUUAAGACAUCUCAGUAGAUAUCUCACAAGCAGAUUUAAGACAUCUCAGUAGAUAUCUCACCAGUAGACUUAAGACAUCUCAGUAGAUACCUCACAAGUAGAUUGCAGAUAUCUCACCAGUAGAUUUAAGACAUCUCAGUAGAUAUUUCACAAGCAAAUUUAAGAUACCUCACAAGUAGAUCCCCAGUUUAUUCUAGACAUCUCAACAGCAAACUCCAAGGUAUCUAUCAAGUAAAAUCCUAGUAGAUCCAAGAUAUCUUACAAGUAGAAAUUAAGUAAAGUCAAGUAAACUCAACAAAGUAACCGUCAUCUUUCUUCAACCCCAUGUUUACCCUCCCACCGACGCUUCACACUGAUUCCAUCUAAAUGAUCAUAAUCGGAGGUUUUUUUCAUGUACAACAACAUCAUCCCCACACAGAGUAAUGAUAAGAUUAAAACAGUAUCCUCCAUCUAACAUAGCCAAGAUUAUCUUUCCGUCUACUAUACCACAGUCAUCAGGGGCGGCUCAUUAACCACCCUCCACAGUAACAACAUAUUUGAUCGUAGACAGGUUACACACUAUAUUUCAUCUAAUCAAGGAAGCUCAGCAAGGAGUCGCUCAGAGCUACCCCCUUGAUAUUUCACAGGCAUCAGGGUCAGAUGGUCAGGCACAAUCAGUAUCAAUAUAAUUUUCACCCACAGAACGUUCUCAUAACAAAGAUCAUACAUCGGGCAACACCUACAAAAGGUGAACGAUUCGUUCACCUUUUGUAGAUUCUAAAUUAAUCAGGACAGCUCAUCAGGCACAGGCAAUAUCAACAUAAUCAUCACCCACAGAACAUUCUCACAACAAAGAUCAUAAGUCAAACAACACAUUCAGCAACACCACAGAAACGAUCCUGCCCGGGUUUCUAAAUUUAUCGAGGCCGGCUCAUCAAACACAGUCACUAUCAGCAUAAUCUUCACCCACAGAACAUUCUCACAACAAAGAUCAUCCAUCAUAGGACACAGCUGACAAGGAUAAAUUUCUCAGAUUACUAAAUUAAAUUAAAUUAAAUUAAAUUAAAUUAAAUUAAAUUAAAUUAAAUUAAAUUAUUAUUAUGUAGAAACUUUGUUAUGUAGAAAAGGU